GAGGCAGAAAGAGAUAAAAGAAGAAAAAGAAAAUAGCACCCUGCCUGUUGCUGAGUCUUAGUAUGACUCACUCUUCCUUCCUGUUUCUUGGAGGCGGGUGCUUUUUGACAGCCUUAUAAACCCACAGUUGUGGAGUUCUUACCCUCCUCCCUUCUGUGGUCUGACUUGUUGGAGCCAUAUCCUGUGCAGUAAUCCACUCCAGGGCUUCGGGCCAGCCUCAGUAGUGUGCACUAUUGUGUACGGCUGAAAAAAGGAGGGGGGAGAGAGAAGGAACCCUGGCCCUUUGUGUGGGAAGGACUCAGCAGGAAGGUGAUUUUGCGAUUACUUCAGCUUGCCAGCAGAGCAGGUUCUCUCAGAUCCACAUGCACACCACUGUCCAGUCUGCCAGCCACAGCCUCAGCUAGAACUACAUAUAGCGAGUGUGUGUGUGUAGGUGCUUGUGUAUGUGUGUCAACGUGUGUGAGACUGAGUGUGUGUGAGUGUGCGCCAAGUGGCCAACAGCGUCGACGCCGGGCUUCUCCUUCUGAUGAUGAAGGCAGACGUCAGACUGGCCCAUGAAUAUUGAUGUGGAGGAUAGUCUGUUUCAUAGAAGAACAGGAGGAAGCAAGAUGGCUGCCCUUUAGGAUUUGUUAAAGAGGAGAGCCAGACGGUUUGCUGGAAUUCUACAGAGUGGAGGGACGUAAACCGAGGACGCAGAGAGGGCAGCCUCGUGGAUGGACUCAGAGCAGACCAGAUGGAAACAGAAAAGGCCAGUCAUGCGACGGAAGAAAGUCUAAGUAGAGCACCAUUUGGCGUUACACACCCACAAACAGAAAAACUGAUCAGCCAGCUGCAGAAUGGUAGCCCCUCGCCUGAAGCUGGCUCCCCACACCAACUCAAUGGGGACGCCUGGGGCCAUUUCAAGCCCAGCAACGGCAGCAGCCUGGGAGCCAACCCAAUGAAGAGACAUCGGGAGAACUGUUCCAGCCCUGCAAGUAUGCAGGGCCUAUUUGACCAGGCAGGAGUGUACGGCGUGAAUGGAGAGAUGAAGCACAGUCUGAGCGAGCAAGCACAGCUUGGGCCCCAGCAGCCCAAGAGGCCACGAGUGAACGGCAACAAGGAGCUGACAGCAUGGGAGAGGACAGAGUCUGGUGGAGCCGAGGACAGGCUGGAUGGAUUUCCAGAGCUGACCAAGCUGCCACCACCGCAGUCAGGUGACUACGAGUGUGACAAUGCUGUGCAGGAUGGUAAACUGGACAGCAAAAGAAAUUUUAACCUCACCAACGGUGACAUUUUCUCACUUUCAAGGAGUAAAUCGGUGUCAAUUUCUAAUGGUGCUACAGAGACCCAACCCUCCAUGGUGGGCUCACCCGGUGACCUCUUAGAAAAAACUCUCUCUCAGUAUUACCCUCAGCAGGUGUCUAUUGCCCCGCAGACUGGCCAGUCACAGGCAGACAGAGAAGUCUGCUCUGCUGUCAUUAGUGAGAGGCCUGAACAGAACACCCAGGCACCUUCUCUCACCUCAGGUUACCCCAUUUCAUCCCAGAUGCCUGCCUCUGAACAGCAGGCUAGGAUCUCCCCAGAGCUGGGCAAUGGUGGCUUUAACACCCAGUUCAUGAACGGAUUCUCCAGCAACUUUAGAGGGGAGCACCAGCAGCAUCCUCAGAAGCAGCAGCAGCAGCAGCAACAGCACCCUCUACCAGAGAUCCCUGACCUAGAACAACCUCACAGUCUGGACCAGGCACCUGGAAUGGUUCCUCCACAACGGGUCAGCCCUGGCUCUCAGGCCCAAAAUGGCUCUGAGUGCUUCCACAGUAACCCAGAGGGCCCCAGCAUUUUCUCAAAACCAAAUGCAGAGUUCAACCAGGGCCCCUACCUCCCCUCGUUAGACUCAAGUACUCCUCUUCACACAAACAAGGGCAGUGGAUUUGGGCCCUUUAGUAGCUCAGCGAGGCCCCCAAGCACUCCUGAAGGCCAGCUGCACAUGCAGUAUGGUGCCCAGCAGCAGCAGAAGCAGCAGCAGCAGCCUGGCCUCCCUGGCCUAGCUGAGCAUUCCACCCUGCAGGGCGCUCCUGGCCAGUCCCAUCCAACAAUCCCCUCCCUACGGACGAGUGCAGAUAGGGAGCCAGAGUCUCAGGCUGGUUCGACACCAAUGCAGGGUCAAUGUGGCACACUUGAAAGUGAGCUGUCACUGACCCACACACAGGAAAUGUCACAGAGAGCCGAGGCCUGUUCUCAGAUGGGCUGGAUUGACUUAAACUCCCAAGCCACUACACAGUCCCCUAGCAUGCCAUCCAUGUGGGGUGGCUUCCCCCCUCAAUCCCCAGUGGACCAGCAGCCACCACCUGCUCAGCAGACCCAGGGGCAAUCACAUGACCCCAGCUCCACACAGAGUUUCCUACCACAGGGCUUUAAUCAGCCUGGCUACCAGAAGCAGCAACAGGACUGUCAAACACAUGACUGGCAGCAAAGGGGCUCUAAACCCUCACCCACUGGGCCUCUGCCAGGGCCACCCAAACUUCAGCACAUGCCCCAGCAGUGUAGUGUUCCACCACAGCAGGCAGACAACCAGUUUUGCGCUCAGCAAGAGCACUUAUGCAAAGACCAAGACCUUGAGCAGAUACUGUCACCCAAUUUCAUACCCUCUCACCAGCAACCAUUGCUCCCUCCCCACUCUCAGCAUGAGGGUCACCAGGUGACUAACGCACUUCAGCGCCAGUGCUCUCAGGAUAGCACCUCGAACAUUACAUCCCAGCCAUCAGACCCAUCACAGGGCCCCAUGGACCCCGAGCUCUUAAACCGCCUCAAGAUGGAAAGCUACAUGAGGUCAGAGAAGCAACAACAGCAACUGAAGUCUCCAACAUACAGGGCUCAACCAGGGCCAUCUCCGCAACCCAUGUCCAGCCCAUCUCACAGACCCAAAUCUCAGCCUUCACAAAACGACCAGGCCAUGUUUGGGUUUGGCAGUGCAGAGGGGCCUGGUAUGAAGGAUAACUUCAAAUUCAACAAAGCAAUGGAGAUGCAAAAGCAGCAGCAGCUACAGCUACAGCAGCAGUAUAGCCCAGGUCCCAGUGCUCAGAAGCAAUAUCCUCAGCAGCAAACUCACAGUCACAACAGGAUGCCAAACCACAUGGACUUCCCCUCAACUCGGAUGCCGCCACCUUCACCACAACAGGCGCCUGGCCAAAUGUACCCCAAACUGGAACACCCAGAGGCCUGUGCCCAGUAUCAGCGUGACGCCCUGCCCAGCCCUGGGCCACAAGGGGAUUUUCAGAGGCAUGCUGCCCUGCGGAUGCACCUUCUUCAGAAGCAGGAGAGGCAUGCUGUCCCACAAUGUCCUAAUGACCUCCGCCAUGCCCUGCCAGCCAUCAAGCAGGAGAAUGGCCUGAGAUUUGAGGCCCCUCACAUGCCGCCUCAGCAGCAGGGCAGGGAGCUGCUACCAAACGGUGGAGGGCCAGUGAUGGUGAAGCAGGAGCGGCCAUCCUCCACCUGUGAGCAGAGCCAGCAGCAGCGGAGCAUCCUGGCCACCAUGGAGCAGCAGCUCCGUCAGUACCAGCUCUCGCCCGUGUUUGAAAAGAAGUCACUAGUGGUCAAAUCGCCAAAUAAAGUAAAGGUAGAGAUGUCAGGCGGGGUGACUGUGCUCUCAACAAACGUUGGCACAUGCGGUGGUGAGGACAGGAAGCCACCUGAAGUGAAAAGAGAGCCUGGGCUACAAAGCUUUUUGGAGUCACCCAUGAAGCUGUUGGAUACACCCAUAAAGAACCUCCUGGACACUCCUGUGAAGACACAGUAUGAGAUUCCACCCUGCCACUGCCUUGAGCAAAUCAGUGAGAAGGAUGAAGGCCCAUAUUAUACUCAUCUUGGGGCAGCUCCCAAUAUCGCUGGCAUCCGUGAAAUGAUGGAAAAGAGAUCUGGUUUCACUGGCAGCGCCAUAAGGAUUGAAAAGGUUGUGUAUACAGGCAAAGAAGGCAAGAGUACACAAGGGUGCCCUAUUGCCAAAUGGGUUAUUAGGAGAGCCAGCGUGGAUGAGAAGCUCUUAGUGCUGGUGCGCGAACGUCCAAGUCACAAGUGUGAGACAUCCUGCCUCGUCAUAGUGAUACUGAUCUGGGAGGGUAUCUCGAUCAGCCUGGCCGACCGCUUGUAUUCGGAGCUGAGCAGCACACUGACAAAGCAUGGUGCCCUUACCAACCGCAGAUGUGCCCUCAACGAGGAGAGAACAUGUGCUUGUCAAGGGCUUGACCCUGAUGCCUGUGGAGCCUCCUUCUCUUUCGGCUGUUCCUGGAGCAUGUACUACAAUGGUUGUAAAUUUGCCCGGAGUAAAAUACCUCGCAAAUUCAAGCUUCUUGGGGAUGAUCCCAAAGAGGAGGAAAGGUUGGAGUACAACCUCCAGAAUCUGGCAACGAUAAUGGCCCCAAUGUAUAAGAAGAUGGCACCAGAUGCUUAUGGCAACCAGGUGGAGCAUGAGCAUCGGGCUCCUGACUGUCGACUCGGGGUAAAGGAGGGGCGACCGUUCUCUGGGGUCACUGCCUGCCUGGACUUCUGUGCCCAUGCCCACAGAGAUCUACACAACAUGCAGGGAGGCAGCACUGUGGUUUGUACACUGACGAGGGAGGACAAUCGUGAGAUUUCAAAGAUCCCUGAGGACGAACAGUUGCAUGUGCUGCCGCUGUACAAAGCCUCCAACACUGAUGAGUUUGGCAGUGAAGAGGCCCAGCGGGAGAAGACCCGCACCGGCGCCAUCCAGGUGCUCAGCAACUUUCGCCGGCAAGUGCGCAUGCUUGCUGAGCCUGCCAAGUCCUGCCGGCAGAAAAAACUGGACGCCAAGAGAGCUUCAGCUAACAAACUGGCUGGCCUCCCUGACACACCUAACUCUAAGGGAGACAAAACCGCUCAAGCAAAGAAACAGAGCACUUAUGAGAAUCCUGCAGGCCAGAACACACUUAUAUCAGGUGUCCUUGGCGCUUCCCUUCAGCAUGGGCAGCAGCCACACCCUCUUCAGCACCAGCAGGCCGCCUCGCACCCUUUCGCACCCGCACCCGGCUCUCCUCAUCCCGCAGGAUACCCCCGGUUCCCCAGCUCUCCCAGUCCUUUUCCCAGCACUCCAAAGCCGGGCAGCUUGUACCCGCAGUCACCCAUCUCAGCGAGUCCCUACCCCUCACCUCUACAUGUACCAAAUUCUUACAUGAAUGGAGGAAAUCCAGCCAGCCCCUAUCCCAACGCUCUUACACCCAAUAACCUCUACCCAGGAUAUCAGUGCAAUGGGGGAAUGGCGAUGGAGAACUAUCAUCCCUACUACCCCGGUAGUCCAAAGCACCUGGAGAUGUACAGGCAGCAGAGACCACCCAUGUACCCUGAACAGCAGUAUGGGGGUCAUCAGCGUUACGGGGUUAACUAUCCCCCGCGCUACAGUGAGCCAGGCCUGCAAGUCAAUGGCUUUGGCAACUGCGCUGUUAGGCCUGGGGUUCACCCAGUAGGGCCAUACCCUCCUUACCCUCCUAGUGGGGGACCUGAAGCCCAGUAUUUGGAGGCCAUCUCCCGGCCUCCUUCAUCCCAUCCCAGUUUGGACUAUGCAUCUGUGAGCAAAGGCAAUCAGUUCAGUAGGUACCCCAACACAUACCUGUCACAGAAUCCUCAGAUGUUUGCUCCAGGCCUGGACCCCUUGCGUAUGCAAGCUAAGCCUGACAUGAGCUUGCAUGGAGCCAACGGUAUGCCUCAGGGGCUUCCACCGCUUGGAAGUGAAUGCCUGACGCCUGGUGCCCAACCUCCAUUUGGGCUGCCUAACGGCAGCAUGCACAGCGUAAUGGUCAAACAGGAGCCUGGUGCCCCGAUUCCCACCACACCAAAGGGGAAGGAGGAUGUGUGGUCAGACAAUGAACACAACUUUCUGGACCCUGACAUUGGUGGGGUUGCAGUGGCACCCAGCCACGGCUCCAUCCUAAUUGAGUGCGCCAAGAGGGAGCUGCACGCAACUACACCUCUCAAACAGCCCAACCGUACCCAUCCCACCCGCAUCUCACUGGUGUUCUACCAGCACAAGAACAUGAAUGAGGCCAAACACGGACUGGCUCUCUGGGAAGCCAAGUUGGCAGAGAAGGCACGGGAGAAGGAGGAGGAUGCAGAGCGUGGUAUUGAGAGCACACCGAGCAAGAGCAACAAAAAGGUGAAGCGUGAGCCUCCAGAGUACUCCGAGCUGGUGGAGCCCCCCUACAAGCGCUUCAUCCAGACCCUGACCGAGAGGUCCAUGUCCUCCACCACCAACACAUACGUAGGCACGGCACCUUACGCCUUUACCAAGGUCACAGGGCCGUACAACUGCUUCAUGUAGGCAUGUGGGCUCUUUACAGUGUGAAGUCUCCAAAUGCAGAAACACACACUCAUCAUUGGUGCUGGAAAUGGUGCUAAAAUGCAAUGAGAAAAUGACCUUGGUGUCGCUGCCUAUGAGCUUUCGAUAGUUUUCUCUCUCUCUCUCUGGGAUAUGUGAGUGACUUGUCACCCAGGAGCAAAACACCACAUCACCAGAACAGUUGGAGCAAACUUCAGAGAUCCACUGAUGACAGAUCAGAUCAUGUCACCCCUCCAGAGAUCAAGCUUUACUGACUAACCCUAAGGAGGUAUUUAUUUAAUAUUUGGUUACUUUUUACAGGAUUCACACUGUUCUACUUCUCUGGUGCUUCUCUAAGUCCAAUACAUCAGGACAAAUAUUACUGGAAACAAUUUGUUUCAAAAAGUUUCAUUUUGGUGGCUUUACAUUUUUUUUUUUAUCUAAAGGAAUAUCUCAAAAUAGAGAUGAUUUUCACAGAAAAACACUGAUCACAUUCUCGGUGCUACAGGUAAAGAGUGUCUUAUGUUAAAAUGCCUUCAGAGUCAAAUUGGUGCAUACACACUGUCAUUCAAAGGCUACUAAACAGUUAUUUUAUGAUUCGUUGGUGGGUAAUGCCAGAAUAUCCUCAAAAACUUAAACAAAUGUUUUACAGUGUUUUUGAUAUUGAAGGUAUGAGGGUUUAUACCUUCAAAUUUGGCCUCUAACUAAAAAAAGGCUAAUUGUAUUUCUUGAAUAAAUAAAUAACAUGGUUGGAAUUGGCCUGCAAUACUCGAUAGAAUCAUCAUGCAAAAGGAAAUUUGUCUGGUGCUUUCAGACGUUUCACAAAUCCUUUACAUGUACUUUCUAUUUACUGUGUUUUGAGCCAUUCAAAAGGUGCAUUUUUUUACAACAGUAAUAUUUUUAGGAGUCAGAAUAAAUCUGCCAGGAGGUUUGUAUGUUUUCCUUGAGGGUAACCUUUUUGUCAGAAAUGAUAGUUCUAGGCCAUUGGCCCACAGAACAAAUCUGGAGUUGGUGCUCAUUCAUGUUAAUUUUAGUCAUGUGACUGUUGUGUUGAUGAUCACGUUCCUCACAGCAUGCAGGUGAAGCUCAAGGAACAGGGUUAGGUCUAUGUUAGCAUCAUGGUUUUUAAGGCAGCUGGCUUGCUGUGGGGUCCUCAAAUAAUAAUUGUAAUCUAGCUGUAUAAUUAAAAAGUUGAUAUUUGUACAGUAAAUUAAUUCUUUUUUUCUGGAAUUUAGGCUUUAGAUUUUAGUACUGUAAAAACGUAAUUUUCUUGUUUGGGUUUCAGCUGAGUUUUGUUUCAAAUGGUGCUACUCGACCUGCUACAAACAUAUAAUGUGAGAAUCUUUAUUGGGGCAGUGAGAAGGCUUAUGAAUGAUGUACAGUACCUACUUGUCAUAUACCUCAGAACUAGUUUGGCAAUAGGAUUAUGAUACAAAGGCUUUUUAUUAUUUCUCUCUGUCUUUUUUCUUACGGCUUCACAGCACUUCACAUUUUAACAGUUACCACAGUCUCACAAAACUUUUAGGCCAAGGCAAGGUUAAGUUCAUUACCUACUUUCUUCACACUUGAUCUAUUAGAAAGUAUUACUUGAACUUCAGGCUUUGAUCUAAUAGCAAAAUCAGGGAUACUUCAGCUUAUUUCUGUGCAUCACAACAUAAACAUUGCUUGUGUCCUUUAUGUUGUCUCCUCUCCUUCAGGGAUUGGCCUUUGCAUCAUGAAUCCCUAUGAAUUUAUUUGUACAUACUACAAAACACACAAAAGUAACUUUGUAAGAAACAUUGAAAUUACCUGCAUUUUGUACUUAUGUUUUAGUAGAUUGUCGGUUAACUUUAAAACAAUGAAUUUGAUGGUAUGAUCAUAUGCACUGAGUUGAUUAAAGGGAAAGUAUGGCAUUGACUAAAUAAGUGAAGCACUCGCUUUCUACUAAAAAAAAGAAGAGUAAAGCCAGGGCAGUUAUGACCAUAGAUGCACAUUUGCGUGCUUGUGUAUAGCUAAAGUAAAAUUUAUUUAUGACCACUAAACAUUUAUAUAAUACUUUUUCUCCCUCUCUUCCAUUCAAUUCAAUGUGAUAUUUUGUGGGGUAACAGUUAUGUGUGAAACAUUUUCCCCAUUCUAACAUGUAUAAACAUUUUCUGGAAGCACUUCAAUUCUUUUUUUUUUCCAGAAAAUUAAUACAAUUAAAGAUUACAAACAUUUAUUUAAAAGGUAGAUUGUAAAUGUGUUGUACAUACCAUGUGUUUGUAUCACAGAGGUUUCUAUCUUUGUCAUUUUAAAUCCCUGUCAUCACAUAAAAAUGUGUAGAAUCUGUAGUUUACCAGAUGUACCUACGGCCCAUGUUUCAUAAACAAUCAUUGAUUCAUCUCUAUCUAUGGAUAGAUUUGGUAUUUUACACAGACCCUGAUCAGUAGACCACGGUGGCUGAUGUAAAAGCCGCAGCAAACUGUCAAAUAGCAACUACCUUAACAGUUCCCACAGUAGAGUCCUGUUAGCUAUAAGUCAACUAGACAGAAUGAAUAGUGAUGAGAAAUUCCAUUUUUUUUGUAAAGUGAAAAUUUGAUGUUAAAUUUCGGUGUACAGGACCCAGCUUCAGUAGCAAAUUGUGGAGGAGAGGGGAAAAGUGAUUAGGAUAUAGCGGGUGACAAGCAUAGCCAUACUUGAAAAAGCUUAUGAGUUUUUCUGAGUGGUGUCAACAUUACUUGAAUGACUUUAUGAGUUUGACUAAUGCACAAGAGUGCACAGCUCCAAAAUUAAGCUAGCAGUUCAUGUACACGUGUUGGUAUUUUGCAGUUAGACACUAAAGGUUAAAGAUAUAUUCUGCCUCGGUCCUUUUUUUGUUUUUUGAAUAAAACUGCUUCUCUUGUUCCCCCCGAAGUUUGGUAUGCUUAAAAUGGAAUGUGGAUGGGUAUACAUACUGUAAGUAUUGUAAUGUACUGAAGUACUGAAUGCAGUUUAUUUGAAAGCUGUUUAUUAUAUCAUUCCUGAUAUUGCUGAGAUGUGGGUGUUUUUAAUAAAAUUUAUAUUUAUUUAAAGCA